AUGCUGCGAACAAAGUGUCAUGUAGACGUGGAAAGUUUUUGGGUGUAUCUCGAUGAACGCGUUAACAAGGGGCAAGAGUCAAAAGCUUUCGUCAAACCCGAAGAAGCAUGUAGCAGCAGUUUCUCGUUGCAUCUUGAUCAAACGUCAAAUAUUAAUCGGACGUUUCAAACGCUAAAGAAGCAACGUACAGUCCGUCAAGCUGCCCCCGUUCAAGGACAGAAACAAAGUGGACAGGCUAUUCUCAGUGGAUGGGGUUCAACAUCCAAGAGCAUCCGCCCUGUUCUACCAAACAAACUCCAGAAGGCUGUUGUACCAAUCCUGAGCAACGAAGAAUGCUUGAAGGAACUGACAUCCCAGCUAACCGUUGACCAACAACUUGAACUCUUCCGCACUCAAGUCUGCAGUGGAACUGCUGGCAGGGAAAUGUCUGCCUACUCCGGUGUCUCUUGUGGCUCACUCGCCCAAGGCAGUGGAGCUCAAGCUGUCCAAGUUGGUAUUGUCUCAUGGGGAAUGAUGCCAUCUGGAUCUAGCCACAUGCCCUCUGUAUAUACCAGUGUCGCCCCCUACGUUGACUGA